AUGUCUACUCUAUGUCUGUACAUUACUAGCAUGACGAUUUCAAUAAAGUUCAAAGUUCAGACGGAAAGCUGUCCGGAAUCAUCAAUUCUAGAGUUACAUCUCCACUUGUUGCAAAAGGGGAACCCCCCCCCCCCCCCAAACUGGGAAUCUGGUCCGAAGAAGAGAAUCGAUCAUUCACGAACAACGGUUAGAAACUACGUGGUUACAAAACUGGAACGGAAUCAGGAAUUUCAUGGAGGAGGGACCAAAGUGGUCGUUAUGGCAAAGAUUUGGUGGGGGACGGGGUAUAUAGCUUCGUUACCAGUCAUGCCCUAGCCCCAAGCCUCUUAUGUUGCAGCCGCCAUCGUCGGGAUUCUCCAGCCGCCGAUCUCACCCUUCUCCGACGUACAUCGCCGCCUUCCUCGUCUGUGAAGUCAUAGAAACAAGACCACGGUGGGGCUGCCAUCUCUCUCCUUCGCAUCCAUUUUUCGAUCAGUUGAGGCCGCCAGCGACCACCGUGCCAAUGGAAUGCCACUGUGACUUCCCGAUAUCGUGGUUAGAAGAAGCGAACCCACCUCCGGUGAGUACCUCAGCCGCCAUACGUGAGCACCCCAGUCGCAGUCGCUUUUUGCUCGCGUUUUUCCGACCAGCCGAGCCGCUGAGCGUAAUAGCUUUUAUCUCCGAGGGAUGGCAGUCGACAGCGUGGCUUCCGGGUGUGUGUGAGUCGUCAUCUUUCCGCCAUCCUCCUCCUUCUUCUUUUGUUGUCGAUGUUCAGGGUCCGACUCGACUGUCUGGCGUCGUUCUGACCACCCUUCGCCAUCGUUUUCCCAAUAGACGAGUGGCCGCCGCCACUCCGAGCAACCGAUGUACGACGCUGCUGCCGCCUUUCCGGAGUUCUGCCAUCGCCAAGCACCACCAGAUGGUGGUUGUGCUACUUUUCCAAGCAUAAGGGUGGGUGUGUAUGUUAUUUUAGUGAUGUAUGAUUAAGAUUGGUUGAUCGGAAAGCCAGGAAUAGCCACCGCCACCACCGUGAGGUGGUGGCUGCCGCCAAGCAUCGCCGCCGGCCACCAUGGUGUGGUUGUGUGUGUAGUUAGCUUAGUUAGUUAGUUAGUGUGUGUG